AUGAACACUUCUCAGGACAACAACCAACACAAUAUCAACGUAUCCCGAGAUGCUACCGAUGCCGAGAUCAGAGAGACCUAUACAUCUAUGGGCUUGUCGGAGCACCCCGACAAGAUUGUUGGCAGUGAAGAUAUGAGUUCUAAGUCCCAUCUUAUUUUCGAGGCCAAAUUUGAGGUGGUGCAGGAGUUUGCGCAGGGGAAUGCUGCCAAGCUGCAUGUGGAGGUUGAUGGAAAGCGGACUAUGAAGGAUUCUAACAGGGCGGAGAGGCAGAAGAGGCGGGAGGCGAAGGAGGUGACGAAGACUUGUUUGCGUGAUAGCGGGUUGUGGCGCGGGAUGGAGGGACGGCAAUCUUGUGGUAACUGCUUCACGACCUAUCUUCGCGCCUUGCGUCCCAGACGGUCUUUUGUGCGGUUUGCAAGAUGGCUUGCAAAGCCAUAAGUCUAAAGUUGUAGGUUGGUUGAGUUGGGUCACUGUUGGGCGUUGGUGGAAGACAGAUCCACACAUUGGCGCCCCUUACAGAUGGGAAGAGUCAAAAUAAAGAACCAC